AUGUUCGCUAAAGUUUUCACCAUCCUCGCCUGUUUGGCGUUGGUCCAAAGCGAAUUCAUCAGGGUGCCUUUGAAGAAGGUGAAAUCGGCCAGGCAGACCUUAGGAGAAGCGGGAUUGCAACAAAAAAGACAGUCUUUAUUGGCCAAAUACCAAUCGGGCGACGUUAUUUUGAAAAACUACGAAGAUGCUCAAUACUACGGAGAAAUAAGCAUCGGUACGCCACCACAAAAUUUCAAUGUCGUCUUCGACACCGGCUCAUCGAACCUCUGGGUGCCUUCGAAGAAAUGCGGGAUCUUGGACCUCGCCUGUCUAUUCCACAACAAGUACGACUCCACCAAAUCUUCCACCUACAAAGCCAACGACACCAAAUUUGCUAUUGAAUAUGGAUCCGGGGCGCUCAGCGGAUUCGUGUCCUCCGAUAAUGUCGAUGUAGGCGGUAUUACAGUCACCGGUCAACUAUUCGCCGAAGCUACAAGCGAACCCGGUGCAGCUUUCCUUGCAGGCAAAUUCGAUGGUAUCCUAGGAUUGGGUUACGACACUAUUUCAGUCAACAACAUGCCCACAGUGUUCGGAAAUUUAUUCGCCCAACACACCGACCUCACCCCAGCCUUUUCCUUCUACCUCGACAGGAAUCCUGACGGACAAACCGGUGGAGAGCUGACAAUUGGAGGAGCCGAUCCGCAAUACUACAAAGGCGAGUUCACCUACAUUCCGGUGACCAGACAGGCUUACUGGCAAGUACAAAUGGACAAAAUCAACAUUGGUUCCAGCGCGUUUUGCGCAGAUUCCUGCGACGCCAUCGUAGAUACCGGUACCAGUUUGCUCGUAGGACCUUCUGACGAAAUAGAUGGGAUUAAUGAGGCUAUUGGAGCUACGAUGGACACUUUUGUUGGUGCAUACACUGUUGAUUGUGACAGGUUGUCUUCAUUGCCUGAUAUAGACUUUGUUUUGAACGGCAAAACCUUCACUUUGAAGGGAGAGGACUACAUACUGAAGUAUAAUGAUGGCGAAGGAAUUGUUUGCCUGUCGGGAUUCGAGGGAUCAGAUCAAUCAGACUUUUGGAUUCUUGGAGACGUUUUCAUUGGAAAAUACUAUACUCAAUUCGAUUUAGAGAACAACCGCGUUGGAUUCGCUGAACUUAAAUAA